AGCUGACGCAGUGUGCGUAUCCUGCAACGCCUGCGCACAUGAGCACUGUCAAACAGCACCAUCAACAGACUGAGGGACAAACAGCAGAGGAGAGGCAACAGCUGGCGUUUUGUUUACCUCCAAAAGAAGUAAAAUUAUCUCAACAUGUCGGGAUUUGACGAGAACCCCUUUGUAGAUGCAUGUGAGGUCAAUCCUUUCCAGGAUGCCUCAGUCACACAAAUCACCAGCGGUGGGAUUGAAACCGUUGAGGAAUUCACCCAUUCUCCGCAGUGCUAUGGGCACCCACACUGGGACCACCAUCCCUAUCUCUGCUGCCUCCUCCCAACCAGCUGUCCUACAGGCUUCUGCUGUGGAGCCCACCCCACAAGCGACUGCGGCUGCUGCCCAGGCUAACCUGCUCAGGCAACAGGAGGAGCUGGAGAAGAAAGCUGCUGAACUGGAUCGGAAAGAGCAGGAGCUCCAGAACAGGCCUGGAGGCCACAUUACAAAAGAAAACAACUGGCCGCCACUUCCCAAGUUUUCCCCCAUAAAGCCUUGUUUCUACCAGGACUUCAACGAAGACAUCCCUGAAGAGUACCAGAAGAUAUGCAAGAGGAUGUACUACCUUUGGAUGUUUCACAGCAUCACACUCUUCCUGAACCUUCUGGCCUGCCUGGCCUAUUUCACGGCCGAUCCAAACGCGGGGGUGGACUUUGGUCUGUCCAUCCUCUGGUUCGUCCUCUUCACCCCCGUCUCUUUCGUCUGUUGGUACAGGCCAGUGUACAAAGCCUUCAGGUCGGACAGUUCCUUCAGCUUCUUCUUCUUCUUCUUUGUUUUCUUCUUCCAAGUGUCUGUCUACAUCAUCCAGUGUGUUGGGAUCCCCAAGUGGGGGAACAGUGGAUGGAUUUCGUCCAUCACCAUGAUAAGAAGCAACAUGGCUGUAGCUGUGGUCAUGAUAGUUGUGGCCGGCUGCUUCACUGUGAACGCUGUCCUCGCCAUCAUCCUACUCAAAAUGGUCCACUCCAAGUAUCGUCGGACGGGGGCCAACUUCACCAAGGCCCAGCAGGAGUUCUCUUCGGGGGUCCUCACCAACCAGACCUUUCAGAGYGCCGCGGCCAGCGCCGCCUCCUCAGCCGCCCAGGGGGCCUUCCAAGGACGCUAGUGAUCCUAAAGCUACAGGGCCAGGUUCCUCCUAACCUUCCUAGGCACCUCUCACUCACUCAAAGCCCYGUUUUGUCUCAUGGCAACAGAAAUGGCUGACAGGACAGAAACUAGACUGGUAUACAGGAACAUUACAAUUUACUGCUGUAUCAUGGACAUUCUCUAACCACGGCCAUUGAUGCAUAAACCCAAUUCAACCUCUAGCCCCGUGUAUUCAAUGUGGUGGAAACUCUGCUUAGCUGAUCAGAGGGUAUAAAUGGAGCUAUUACCAUGUUGAUUGGACUUAUCCAAGUGUCUGGGGGGUUGGUUUGGGGUGUCUAGCUGGUAAGGGGGUUUGGAUUGGGGUGUCUAGCUGGUAGGGGGCUAAGGUUGGUUUGGGAUUGGGCACCAGAGUUUGGCAAAGUGUCCUCCAUGUUGGUACCAAACAUUCCAUGACAAUAAUGUAAACUUUAAUUCUAAGUAGAAUGUGAUACGUUAAGAAUGCGAAUGCGUAAUCCGUCUUGCUCGUCUCCUGUAGGUUUUAAUGCUAUUACACUAUGCUCCUAGUGAAUGAGGAAUGCUCUUCCUAGAAUACUUUACAUUGUCAUUUUAAUCCUCACUAGAAUGAAAUAGUUUGGUACCAGCAUGGCGCYUAUUAUCAUAAAAAUACAAUCUCAAAUUAAGUUGUGUUCAGUAUAUCAAUUGCGAUGUCCCAUAGUCUAGUCUUUACCUCGUUAUGUUCUCUUCCUCACUGUACUGCCCUAUCCAGACACUCAAGUCCUCUUCUCAGGACAUACUGUACCUUUUAACGCAGAGAUCUCCAACUCUARUUGUGAAGAGCCACUGUUAGUGCAGGAGUCUGUUCUUUCCUAACACUAAAAGGGUUUGGGUACAAAAACAUUACUGAAGUGGGCAUCUGAGGGAAAAACACUGAAAUGUCUACUGAAGGAAUUACAUUUUGUGAAGUUUACAUUGUUGUUGAGGUUUAUUUUUGCUCUGAUGAUAUAUUGAAGGGAUGAAUGGUUUUAUUUUCCUUAGAUUUUUUGUUGUUGUGAUUUCGUAUUUUACUGUUCUUCAAUCCCUCAGUAGGGUUGGACUUGCUGAAGUAUGUUAAGGCAACUGCUGUGUUUUUGUAGAUACGAUAAUGAAGAUAUUGGGUGACGUUUUAACUAAAUGGGAAUUACUGUAUACUCGGAUGUUAGUGCACCACCCCCUGUAUCCCUCCUACUGUACUUUAAAGUAACUGUCCAGUGAAAAUCUCACUUUUAAAAGUUCAUGUUUUGUUAACUCCUA